CUGGAUCAGUUAACGGCUACACGAGCAGUUCAGACUUCUAAUCACGUGGUGCAGUAGCUUCCUUUCUUCUCAGAACCAAGGAGAGAAUACUUCGCAAAAUGGAGGGACAUGAAGCAAGGGAGCCUGAACAGCUCAGGAAGCUGUUCAUUGGGGGCCUAAGUUUUGAAACCACAGAGGAAAGUUUAAGGAUCCAUUUUGAACAAUGGGGAAACCUCACAGACAGUGUGGUGAUGCGGGACCCAAACAACAAGCGCUCGAGAGGGUUCGGCUUUGUAACAUACUCCUGUGUGGAGGAGGUGGAUGCCUGUAUGGCAGCUCGCCCUCAUAAGGUGGACGGACGUGUUGUUGAACCUAAAAGGGCUGUAUCGAGAGAGGACUCUAAUAGACCAGGUGCCCACCUGACGGUGAAGAAGAUCUUUGUUGGGGGGAUCAAGGAGGACACACAGGAGGACCAUAUCAGGGAGUACUUUGAGAGCUACGGGAGGAUUGAGACCAUUGACAUUAUGGAAGAACGCGCAACUGGGAAAAAGAGGGGUUUCUGCUUUGUCUCAUUUGAUGACAAUGACACUGUGGAUAAAAUUGUUGCUCAAAAAUACCACACAAUAAACAGCCACAACUGCGAAGUCAGAAAAGCACUCCCAAAACAGGAAAUGAUGGAGGCGUCCAAUCAGAGGAGUAGGGGUGGUGGCUCUGGAAACUUCAUGGGUAGAGGUGGCAACUCUGGUGGUGGCAACUUUGGUCAAGGUAAGUCCCUUUCACAUUUGAUAUGUGGAUACAUUUGGAACAGUAAUCACACCAGCAAUGUAAACUUAGUUAUCUUGUGUGUUACAGGAGGCUACGGUGGCGGAAGAGGAGGGGAUGGAUACAAUGGAUAUGGAGGAGAGGGUGGAAACUACAGUGGGGGACCUGGCUACAGAGGUGGACGUGGUGGCGGGUAUGGGGGAGGAAGUCCUGGGUAUGGAAACCAGGGAGGAGGCUUUGGAGGAGAAUAUGAUAACUACAAUGACAGAGGCAACUUCAGGGGGAACUUUGGUGGUGGAAGAGGUGGAAAUUACAAUGACUUUGGUAACUACGGAGGACCGCAAUCCAGCUAUGGCCCCAUGAAGGGGAACAACUUUGGUGGCAGAAACUCUGGUGGUGGCCCCUAUGGAGGUGGCUAUGGCUCAGGCGGUGGAAGUGGGCAUGGCUAUGGCUCACAGCGAUAUUGAUACUAUGAUGCUAGGGCUUCAGUUCUUAGCAGGAGAGGAGAUGAGCAAGGAUUUGUCAGGAAAGCAGCAGGUUACUGUACUUUUAGGCAGUCGUCUGAAAGCAUUUAGAGGAACAGAAGUCAGAAAGUUACUGCAGCUUUAACGGGAGACUAAUCCUAAGAAAGACUGUACACACAAACUACAAAGUGCAAGGGUGUAGCUAGUACCUUAUUUGUGGUAGAUGUUCCCCCACUUUAUAAUUGUUCCUUUUGUGCAUCUGAAGUGUAUGUAUUGUUGUGCCUGUGGAAUCAGGAGUAAAAUAAUAAAAUAAUUUCGAACUCCA